AUGCCCUGUCCACUCCUGGAGAGACCACUGACCGGGGUGAAGACCAUGGGCGGGACUAUGACCACUCUCUUCAUCCUUCUCAGCUUCCCUCUGGUCACCGUCAACCAGAAACAUCCUUAUCCAAAGACCAUACCAAUAGGAGCUAUAUUCCAUAAGGAUGCCGUGGAAGUUGAGGUGGGAUUCAAUUAUGCAAUUGUUAGCCACAAGGAGGCUGAGGGCAGGGAGACAUUCGAACUGGAAGCAACUAUAGACAUGAUUGAUGUGUCAAACAGCUACGAGCUAACAAGUGCAAUCUGCUCCCGGAUGGAGGGUGGAGUGUUCGCUGUGUUCGGCAUGAAGAACAUCUCGUCCCUCAACGCCGUCCAGUCCCUCACCCGGAAGUUCCACAUGCCUUACCUAUCUCCCAGUUUGUCAAAGGUGUCUGCCGAGGACGGCUCCGAGUUUGAACUGCACAUGAAACCCUCUUACACGGACGCUAUGAUACAUCUGAUCAUGAGCUACGGAUGGAACUCAGUCUAUUACAUAUAUGAUUCCGAUACGGGUCUGUUACGGUUACAAGAGCUGUAUGAAUUCAUCGAGUUCAACCCCGCUUUGUAUUUGAGAAUUUUACCCCGCCGACUGAUGGACGUAUAUCAUGCACAUGAUGAACUUCGUCUCAUAGACAGGAUAGACAUGAUGGAACCGAUGAAAGCCAUUGUGGUAGAUCUGUCCAGUCAAGAUCGCUACCAGGUGUUCCUUAAACAGAUAUCUGAAGUGGGUAUGAAUAAACACGGGUACCAUUAUCUUCUCGGAGGUCUGGGUUUCAAAGAGUUGGAGCUGGAAAGUUUCAGACAUGGCGGGGUCAACAUUACGGGUUUUCAAUUGUUGAAUUAUUCAUCCCCCAAACUGCAAGAUUUUUUAAAUAAGUGGGAGUCCCUACCUCCUCGAAUCUGGCCCGGCGCAGGACAGAAAAAAAUUAACUAUACAACAGCUUUAAUGAUAGACUCUGUACAAGUGUUCGUGCUAGCUAUCAAAAGAAUGAUAGCAAAAAGGAAUGAUAUAUUUAAGUUCACGUUUCGGCGUGGGCGUGUGUAUAACAACGGAACGGAAGGCGUUCAUUGUGAGGGCAAUCCGAGAAACCCUUGGAUACAUGGUGUGGACAUCAUGGAGGAAAUGAAAAAGGUAGAUUUCGAAGGGCUGACUGGUCACGUGGCCUUCGACCAGCGUGGACAGCGGCGGGACUAUACGCUGGGUGUGUACGAACUUGGACUGCAUUAUGGACCGGUUCAGGUCCAUGAGUGGAAUUCAGCUGCUGGUCUCAACGGCGAAAUGGGUUCUGAAAAAAUAGACGAAAAAGGCAUGGUGAUGUUGAACAAGACCUAUAUUGUCUCUACAAUUCUGACAAAGCCUUACUUGAUGCGAAAGGAUUGUCCUGACCGUGACGGCAAGUGCCCCGUGGGUAAUCAGAAAUACACAGGUUAUUGUGCUGAAUUGGCAGUGGAAAUUGCAAAACACCUAGAAAUUGAUUACGUUCUUCGGCCUGUGAAAGAUGCUAAAUAUGGGAAGCGGCUAAGCAACGGCUCAUGGACCGGAAUGAUUGGAGAGCUCGUGAGAGAUGAAGCAGACCUAGCCAUCGCGGAUUUAACCAUCACAGUAGAGCGGGAGAAAGUUGUGGACUUCUCCAAGCCCUUCAUGGACCUGGGAAUCAGUAUUAUGAUCAAGAAGCCUCAAACUGAAAAACCUGGCGUCUUUUCUUUCAUGGCGCCUCUCUCCAAAUAUAUCUGGAUGUGCAUUAUAUUUGCCUACGUGGGCGUCAGUAUCGGACUAUUCAUCGUCAGCCGCCUUAGUCCGUAUGAGUGGAAACAGAUGAUGUCUCCGACCGGUUCGGUGGCUGUCAAUGAGUUCGAUAUCCCGAACAGUUUCUGGUUUUCACUUGGCGCCCUCAUGCAACAGGGAAGCGAUUUCUUUCCAAGGUCAUUGUCUGCCCGGGUCAUAGGCAGUGUAUGGUGGUUCUUCACUCUAAUUAUCAUCUCUUCCUAUACUGCUAACCUGGCGGCCUUCCUCACCAUCGAGAGGAUGACCACACCUAUAGAAUCAGCGGAUGAUCUCGUCUCUCAGACAGAGAUAUCUUACGGAACGCUCCUUGGAGGGAGUACUUAUUUAUUUUUUAAAAAUUCUAAAGUACCCACGUAUGAACGAAUGUGGGCGUAUAUGUCGUCAGACCAGUCCUUGUUUGUCUCUAGCGUUGAGCAGGGUAUUAAACGAGUGAGACAGUCGAAAGGGAAGUAUGCUUUUCUCGUCGAAUCAACUACCAACGACUACAUGAAUAAUAGGUUACCCUGCAACACCAUAAAAGUCGGCACCAAUCUUGAUGCUAAAAAUUUUGGAAUAGCUACCCCUUCCGGGUCCCCUUUAAGUGACAGAAUAAGUUUAGCAGUUUUAAAGCUACAUGAAGAGGGUACUUUAACAAAACUUAAACAGAAAUGGUGGUACGACAAGGGGGAGUGCGGCCCGCAAGAUGGCUCUUCAAAGGAAGGAUCACUAAAGCGUCCUUUGUCUUUAAGCAAUGUAGCAGGGAUAUUCUACAUUCUCAUCGGUGGACUCGCUCUCUCCAUGAUUGUGGGGCUUUUUGAACUUCUUUUAAAAUCAAGAAUUCAAAGAUCGGACAAGGUAGAGAGUAAUUUGCAAGUGUUGUUGUCAGCGCCGAGCCCACCGGUGGAUGUCCAUGCUAAUGAUAUAUCGACGAUAGGUGUUACUCAGAACAACAGGGGUUACCAUCCUCCACCCCCGGAAAGGGAAAAUGGAGCCUUCGCCUGCGACUACCCGCCCCCUGAGAAAUCUGUAUCAACAUACAGCUACGGCGCACCACGACUGAUCGGGUUUGAACCACUCCAGGAAAGUGUAUCAAAUUCACACACGCAAGUAUGACAGCUGGGAAAUAUUCAACUCGACUGAUCUCAUUUGGACGCGGGGCUGUGGGGCCAGUGUCUCGUGCAGCAAAGACUGUGCUGUGUUCGUCCGCAGGGGCAGGGCUUUGUGAUAACUCUCUCUUCCCGCGACAAGAUGAAAGGAGUGAAAUUGGAUUUGCGAUUAGAAGCAUGACUUCACAGAGCUUCUAUCCUGGCCCGUGAGUAUUCCCUCUACUGCUGGGAUCCUCCGAAGUCCACUUUGUCUUCCACAGACUACAGCUUCUUUACAGAGCAACACUGGCUCGCUGUUGUAGGGUCCUCCCUCAGGCGGUUUUUCCUUGGACAUGUUCGCGAUGGCAAAGAUGGAACAAUUACGUGGUCUCCACAUGAGCAAAUGUUGCUGUGUAAAGUUGGGUAAUUGACACAGUCGCUAUCAGAAGAGCCUCGAGUCUGUUACUUAACCCAUUGAGCUAUGCCGUGAGGUAGCCCUUCGGCAUGACUCUCAAGUUGUUUUGUCAGCUGACGCUUUAUAGCGGGAUAAUCUCCGUUCUGGCGCACACUUUCUCUGUGCUGACUAAUAUUCGGAGAGUGUAGCCAGAGGCAAAGACACUUCUCAUACACAGCGCAUCAUCGCCGACAGCUGUAUUGAGAAUGUGAUGAUCAAAUUGUAUCCCCACGUCCAAAUCCAUGUUCAUUACAAGAAAGACAUUAACACAACGGACAGAGACUUCUGUUGCGGAUCUGAACGGUCCCGGAUAUAUCAACUAAGGAACACAGAAACCGGGCUUGUCGGCUCCAAAGCUUUGCUCAUCCGUGCUAGUCCGUAUUUGCUCAAAACAGGUGUAUCUCGGCUGCCAAUUGUUCAAUUCUGACAAAUCCAGAUGGUACUUCCUGAUUUAUCUCUUAUUUCCUUGUUAGCAUCAAUGAUUCACGUAGCAAAUCCUACCCUUCAAAGUCAGGGUUGUUGACAGGUAGACUGUCCUUCUCAGUAAAUAUACUAUCACGACGGGCUCUGAGGAGUGCAAGGAGGGGGUCCAUCAUCCAAACACUGGGGCUUUGGAUAUACUAACAGGUUGGUCUCUCCAUAACUUAAGCAUCGUCUUCACGCGUGACGGUACAGCAUUGAAGACAUACACACUAUACUAACUAUGCAAGUGUAUUGAGUGGAGUGUGACACUGACGGUUUACCUGUUUGGUUUACCUAUAUGCACUGACAGACGCUUGUUUCAUUGCAAAACUCUAGGCAUCUGCCCAAGGAACAAACUAUUCGUUAACAACAUUGCGGGGUAAUGUGGAGCAUUGCGGGAUAAUGUGGGACAUUGCGGGAAAAUGUGGGACAUUGUUGGAUAAUGUGGGACAUUGUGGGAUAAUGUGGGACAUUGUGGGAUAAUGUGGGACAUUGUGGGAUAAUGUGGGACAUUGUGGGAUAAUGUGGGACAUUGUGAAAUAACGUGGGACUUUGUGGGAUAAUGUGGGAUGUGUCACAGAGUGGAAUAAUGUCAGCACAUCGUGAGAUAGUAUGGGACAGUGUGCGAUAAUGCGGCACAGUGUGGGGAAAAUGUGGGACAUUCUGUCUUAUAUGAUCAACUAUCAACGUUUGUUAACGUCUACAUUGUUUAUGUGUUUACGCGGGAACAAAAUGUUUUAACAUAGCCGCCGUGCACAAGAACUCGCACCUUUAUAUAUCCUUCACUUGAUUUAAAUACCGUGCUUAUCUUAUACAGACUGGCAGGAGCUUUUUCUCGCGUGAUUUGAACGUGAACAUGUAUAUAUAAUUGUACACAUCUAAGUUGUCUGUACCGGAAAUCCGAUAGGCUGUACAUUUGUGUUGAUGAUGACCAACAGCGAAAGUGUUACAUGUAUGGUAACAAGUGCGAAAGAAAGUGUGAUGUUACCAUAAACAAUUUUAGUUUCACCGUUUGUUGUUAUUAUUAUUA